GGGCCUGUAACUGAAAUAUCAUUCUUAAGUAAGUAUUUCAGGAUGGUUUAAGGUGACACAAAGAUUCUGGUAAGAGUGUAACUGAAAGCUAUUCGUAAGUAGCUUUUCGUAGCGUAAACCAUUCUUAAGAACAUCGAUUCACAUGAGGUUAAGAGCGGGAUUUUUUCCGGAAAAUUCCCUUCACCGCUUUCCGCAUCGACGACUACUUGCACCACAGCGUCUUUGUUGCGUUUGUAAUACACGGCAUUUCAAUGUUUGUUGAUAAGUAUAUGUUUAACACCUACACUGUUUUUGUGACAAGGCGCGCACUGCAAACGGAGUGACAGGAUGGCAUGUAAAAUGACUCGAAAAAGGAAACCAAAUUUUACUACGAAUGAAUUAGAGGUGUUGUUAAAAGGUGUGUCAGCAAACAGAGACAUUCUAAUGGGGAAAUUCUCAGAUACAGUAACUAAUGAUCGGAAAAAGAAAAUUUGGAAAACAAUAGCUGCUGAAGUAAGCGCGGAAAGCUCUACACAGAGGUCGGAUGAAGACGUAAAGAAAAAGUGGCAGGAUUGGAGCUCUGUUGUGAAGGGGAAGCAAGCAAAAGCCACCAGAGAAAGAAAAAAAACUGGAGGUGGCCCGCCCCAUGAUGAUGAUGACGACGUGUCGCUGUCUGUAAUGGAGGAAAGGGUCCUCGGUAUACUGGGCACAACAUGUGUGUAUGGAAUAGAGGCCGAUUUUGGAGACACUUUCGUUAACACUGAUUCACAAUCGAACCGAAAUAUCAGGUCUCUGGAGUGUGAUGAAGACCUUGAUGAGCUUGAGUCCAAUGACAGUGUACAAAUACAUGUACAUGAUGAUGAGGAGGAUAAUACAACGUCGAUUGCAGUGUCACCAACUUGUGGCAAGUCAACGCAAAACAAACUGACUCCUAGGCCUUCUUGUAGCAGGUCAAGACCGUCAGAAGUUUGCAAUGAAACUUCACUUUCAUGCUUCUCCGUGAAGAAAAGAAAGAGAGUUACUGUUCCACUGCCAGAUAAUUCUAUGCCGAGUACUCAUGACAUUUAUCAGGUGGAAAACAGAAAGCUAGCUGUUGAGGAAACCCGUCUAACUAUUGAACGUGACAGGCUUGAUAUUGAGAAACAACGUCUAAAUAUUGAAACUGAAAUUUUAAUGGUAUUAAAAGAGUUUCAUCCCACUAGUUCAAGGCAUUCGCAGAACCCUACGUCAACAUUCCCAUACGUACAUGUGCCAACAGAUGAAUACACAUGUACAUUUGCAAAUAUUUAGUCAUGGAAAAUCAGGUUGCAGCAGAAAUGUGCAAAUGAUCCUUUGUAUUAUGGCCUUAAUCUCAGAUGGUACUACGAGAUGCUCUGCAACAAAAGCAACAUGUUAGAGGACAAAGAUAUGUUGGUCUAUGAGAAAGACUGUGAUUCAAACUGCUCAACUCAAGUUAUUUCACCAUGUUCAACUUGUUCACCUGACUUGCUAUCCUCACGCAAUUCCUAUUACAUGCUUGGAUGUGACACUGAGAGAAUAAUGGUUUCUCAAAAUACUUUUCUAACUCAAGUAGAGUUUUUUGAAGAAGUAUGUGUUCUUUUGAGAUCAGCUGAUUAAGUGAAGGACAUGUAAACAAAAUUUCAAUCAUUCAAAUUUUAGGAUCUUUUUUUCAUUUUGCAUUGGUAGUGCAAUAUUUCUUGAUGUUUUAUGUAUAGGAAUUAUUGAUAAUAUGAAAAGUUUUAAUUACUUGAUUUCAGCAUAUAUAGAUACAUAGUAAAAUCCACUUAAUUGUGUGUUAUGAUUUUAGCUGAAAUUAUAUAUGUUGUUAAAGGUAAUAUCAAUUGGUGAUGACCAGGAUUAUUUACUGGUUUUUGGACAAUUAAUUACACUCAUUUAAACAGACUUGACCAAUUCCAUGUUUUAACUUCUAACAAAAAAAUGAUGUUAUCAUUACCAUCACCAAAGCAAUUUAAAAUUGUAAAAGGAGCAUAUUAAACUUUAUUUGAUCUAUUUUGUUUUCUCCAAUUAUAAGAAAUUAUGUUUAGUUCAAGAAAAGAUCAUUUGUAAAAUCAUACACCAUUUUUUUGUCAAGACUGAAGUGGAGUCUCUAACAGAAAUAUCUAGUUAUUUUGCAAUUUAUAGGAAUCCUCUUUCAGGUGAUAAUAACAACAUCAUCUUGUAAAUAAUUACCAUUAUUUUAGAUUGCUUAAACGUGAAAAGUGUUUUUAUUGAAAACGGUGCCAAUUUUGAUUACAUUAUUGUAUCUCGCAACAAUGCUCAAUAUGUUACUUUAAUACAACUGUUGAUUUUGAAAUAAACUUUUUGUCUUAAAAGUUUUGCAGUUUUGUCACAAUGUUUAGGCAUUAGAGAACACCUGCUCGAUCAGUUGAUCUCUCACUCUAGUACCCGAAAUAUCAUCAA